CUCGAAUGCAGAGCCCGGCCGCUGCGUGAUGGGGCUGUGGAGCGGCGCCCUGCGGCUCACGGCGGCCGCUGCUCGCGCUGAAGUGCGUCGGUGCCCGGCCCCCCGCGCCCCCGCGCGCCCCGGCCCCUGCUGACCCGGCCCGCCCGUCGGCCCGCAGCGCGGCUGAGGAAACUUGAACAUAACUUAAAGAAGAUUUGAUACUUUAUUUCUGGACUGCGUAUACAUUACAAAGGCCAUCAGAAUGUCGGGAGCCUCAGUGAAGGUUGCUGUCCGUGUGAGGCCCUUCAAUUCUCGAGAGACCAGCAAGGAGUCCAAGUGCAUCAUUCAGAUGCAAGGCAACUCGACCAGUAUUAUUAACCCAAAGAACCCAAAGGAAGCACCAAAGUCCUUCAGCUUCGACUACUCCUAUUGGUCUCAYACCUCGCCUGAAGAUCCCUGUUUUGCAUCUCAAAAUCGUGUGUACAAUGACAUCGGAAAGGAAAUGCUCUUACAUGCCUUUGAGGGUUAUAAUGUCUGUAUUUUUGCCUAUGGGCAGACUGGUGCUGGGAAAUCUUAUACAAUGAUGGGUAAACAAGAAGAAAGUCAGGCUGGCAUCAUUCCCCAGUUGUGUGAAGAGCUCUUUGAGAAGAUCAAUGACAAUUGCAAUGAAGAGAUGUCUUAUUCUGUAGAGGUGAGCUACAUGGAAAUUUACUGUGAAAGAGUACGAGAUUUGCUGAAUCCAAAAAAUAAGGGUAAUUUGCGUGUGCGUGAACACCCACUUCUUGGACCCUAUGUGGAGGAUCUGUCGAAACUGGCGGUCACUUCCUACACAGAUAUUGCUGACCUCAUGGAUGCUGGGAACAAAGCCAGGACAGUGGCAGCUACCAACAUGAAUGAAACAAGUAGCCGUUCCCACGCUGUGUUCACCAUUGUUUUCACCCAGAAGAAACAUGACUCUGAGACCAACCUUUCCACUGAGAAGGUUAGUAAAAUCAGCUUGGUGGAUCUCGCAGGAAGUGAACGAGCUGAUUCAACUGGUGCCAAAGGAACUCGAUUAAAGGAAGGAGCAAAUAUUAAUAAGUCUCUUACAACUUUGGGCAAAGUCAUUUCAGCCUUGGCAGAGGUGAGUAAAAAGAAGAAGAAAACUGAUUUCAUUCCUUACAGGGAUUCUGUACUCACUUGGCUUCUUCGAGAAAAUCUAGGUGGCAAUUCUCGGACUGCAAUGGUUGCUGCUCUUAGCCCAGCAGAUAUCAACUAUGAUGAAACUUUGAGCACUCUGAGAUAUGCAGAUCGUGCAAAACAAAUUAAAUGCAAUGCUGUUAUCAAUGAGGACCCCAAUGCCAAACUGGUUCGUGAAUUAAAGGAGGAAGUGACACGGCUGAAGGACCUUCUACGUGCCCAGGGGCUGGGAGAUAUUAUUGAUAUUGAUCCAUUGAUCGAUGAUUACUCUGGAAGUGGAGGCAAAUAUCUGAAAGAUUUUCAGAACAAUAAACAUAGAUACUUGCUAGCCUCUGAGAAUCAACGCCCUGGCAAUUUUUCCACAGCAUCCAUGGGCUCCCUUACGUCAUCUCCAUCUUCCUGCUCACUCAGUAGUCAGGUGGGCUUAACAUCUGUGACCAGCAUUCAGGAGAGGAUCAUGUCUACACCUGGAGGAGAGGAAGCCAUUGAACGUCUAAAGGAAUCAGAGAAGAUCAUUGCUGAGUUGAAUGAAACCUGGGAGGAGAAGCUUCGUAAAACAGAGGCCAUCAGAAUGGAGAGAGAGGCCUUGUUGGCUGAGAUGGGAGUUGCCAUUCGAGAAGAUGGAGGAACUCUAGGGGUUUUCUCACCUAAAAAGACCCCACAUCUUGUUAAUCUUAAUGAAGACCCACUAAUGUCCGAAUGCCUGCUUUAUUACAUCAAAGAUGGAAUUACAAGGGUUGGCCAAGCAGAUGCUGAGCGGCGCCAGGACAUAGUACUGAGUGGGGCCCACAUUAAAGAGGAGCAUUGUAUCUUCCGGAGUGAGAGAAACAACAGUGGUGAAGUUAUUGUAACCCUGGAGCCCUGUGAGCGCUCAGAAACCUACGUGAAUGGCAAAAGGGUGACCCAGCCUGUUCAGUUGCGCUCAGGAAACCGCAUCAUCAUGGGUAAAAACCACGUUUUUCGUUUUAAUCAUCCGGAACAAGCACGGGCUGAGCGGGAGAAGACUCCCUCAGCUGAGACCCCAUCUGAGCCUGUGGACUGGACUUUUGCCCAGAGAGAGCUUCUGGAGAAACAAGGAAUUGAUAUGAAACAGGAGAUGGAGAAAAGGUUACAAGAGAUGGAGAUCCUAUACAAAAAGGAAAAGGAAGAAGCAGAUCUUCUCUUGGAGCAGCAAAGACUGGACUAUGAGAGUAAAUUGCAGGCCUUGCAGAAGCAAGUUGAGACCCGUUCCCUGGCUGCAGAAACUACUGAAGAGGAAGAAGAGGAAGAAGAAGUACCUUGGACGCAGCAUGAGUUUGAGUUGGCCCAGUGGGCCUUCCGGAAGUGGAAGUCUCACCAGUUUACUUCCUUAAGGGACUUACUCUGGGGCAAUGCCGUCUACCUUAAGGAGGCCAAUGCCAUCAGUGUGGAAUUGAAGAAGAAGGUACAAUUUCAGUUUGUUCUGCUGACUGACACACUGUAUUCCCCUUUGCCUCCCGAAUUACUUCCCACUGAAGUGGAUAAAACUCAUGAGGAGAGACCUUUUCCUCGUACAGUGGUGGCAGUAGAAGUUCAGGAUCUGAAGAAUGGAGCAACACAUUAUUGGUCUUUGGAGAAACUCAAGCAGAGGCUGGAUUUGAUGCGUGAGAUGUAUGAUAGGGCUGGUGAGAUGGCCUCUAAUGCCCAAGAUGACAGUGAAGCUACGAUGACUGGCAGUGAUCCAUUCUAUGAUCGAUUCCACUGGUUCAAACUUGUGGGAAGCUCCCCCAUUUUCCACGGCUGUGUGAAUGAGCGCCUUGCCGACCGCACACCCUCCCCCACUUUUUCCACGGCCGAUUCCGACAUCACUGAGCUGGCUGACGAGCAGCAAGAUGAGAUGGAGGAUUUUGAUGAUGAGGCAUUCGUGGAUGACACCGGCUCUGACGCAGGGACGGAGGAGGGAUCAGAUCUCUUCAGUGACGGGCAUGACCCGUUUUACGACCGGUCCCCUUGGUUCAUUUUAGUGGGAAGGGCAUUUGUAUACCUGAGCAAUCUGCUGUAUCCUGUGCCCCUGAUUCACAGGGUGGCCAUCGUCAGUGAGAAGGGGGAAGUGCGGGGAUUUCUGCGAGUGGCUGUACAGGCCAUUGCAGCGGAUGAAGAAGCUCCCGAUUAUGGCUCUGGAAUUCGACAAUCUGGAACAGCUAAAAUAUCUUUUGAUAACGAGUACUUUAAUCAGAGUGACUUUUCUUCAGUCGCAAUGACUCGUUCUGGUCUAUCCUUGGAGGAGCUGAGGAUUGUGGAAGGACAGGGUCAGAGUUCUGAGGUCAUCACUCCUCCAGAAGAAAUCAGUCGAACGAAUGACUUGGAUUUGAAAUCAAGCACUUUGCUGGAUGGAAAGAUGGUUAUGGAAGGGUUUUCAGAAGAGAUUGGCAAUCAUCUGAAACUGGGCAGUGCCUUCACUUUCCGAGUAACAGUGUUGCAGGCCAGUGGGAUCCUUCCAGAGUAUGCAGAUAUCUUCUGUCAGUUCAACUUCUUGCAUCGCCAUGAUGAAGCAUUCUCCACCGAACCCCUCAAAAAUAAUGGCAGAGGAAGUCCCCUGGGCUUUUAUCAUGUGCAGAAUAUUGCAGUGGAGGUCACUGAAUCAUUUGUGGAUUACAUCAAAACCAAGCCGAUUGUAUUUGAAGUUUUUGGGCAUUAUCAGCAGCACCCACUUCAUCUGCAAGGACAGGAUCUUAACAGUCCACCCCAGCCCUCUCGACGAUUCUUCCCUCCACCCAUGCCACUCUCCAGGCCAGACCACGAGAGAAAGAUUGAGCUGAUUCGGUUUCUUGUGUCUGGCUAUGUGAAUGUGCAUGUAUUGGACAUGUUUUCUGAGCACGCCAAUGUUCUUGCCUCCUCUGCUGUUGCCACCUUCCAGAAUGAGGCUGACCCAGUGCCGCCUUUUCUUUUUCUGCCAGUUCCCAGCUGCCAGAGCGAGAGGGUACCCAAACGAGAUGUUCCAGCCACCAAAUUAAACACCAUGAGCAAAACCAGCCUUGGCCAAAGCAUGAGCAAGUAUGACCUCCUAGUUUGGUUUGAGAUCAGUGAACUGGAACCUACAGGAGAGUAUAUCCCAGCUGUGGUUGACCAUACAGCAGGCCUGCCCUGCCAGGGGACAUUUUUGCUUCACCAGGGUAUCCAGAGAAGAAUCACAGUGACCAUUAUCCAUGAGAAGGGGAGUGAACUCCACUGGAAAGAUGUCCGUGAACUGGUGGUAGGCCGGAUUAGGAAUAAACCUGAGGUGGAUGAAGCUGCAAUCGAUGCCAUCCUGUCCCUGAAUAUCAUCUCUGCCAAGUACCUGAAGUCUUCCCACAACUCUAGCAGGACUUUCUACCGUUUUGAGGCAGUAUGGGACAGCUCCCUGCAUAACUCCCUUCUUCUGAACCGAGUGACACCCUAUGGAGAAAAGAUCUACAUGACCUUGUCAGCCUACCUAGAGUUGGAUCAUUGCAUCCAGCCAGCUGUCGUCACCAAGGAUGUGUGCAUGGUCUUCUAUUCCCGAGAUGCCAAGAUCUCGCCUCCACGCUCUCUGCGCAGCCUCUUUGGCAGUGGCUACUCAAAGUCCCCAGAUUCCAACCGAGUCACUGGAAUUUAUGAACUCAGCUUAUGCAAAAUGGCAGACACAGGCAGUCCGGGCAUGCAGAGGAGGAGGAGAAAAGUCUUGGAUACCUCGGUGGCAUAUGUGCGGGGAGAAGAGAACUUAGCAGGUUGGCGGCCGCGUGGAGACAGCCUCAUCCUGGAGCAUCAAUGGGAACUGGAGAAGCUGGAGCUGUUGCAUGAGGUGGAGAAAACCCGCCACUUCCUCCUGCUGCGUGAAAGACUUGGUGAUAGCAUCCCCAAAUCCCUGAGUGACUCGCUGUCCCCCAGCCUCAGCAGUGGGACCCUCAGCACCUCCACCAGCAUCUCCUCUCAGAUCUCAACCACAACCUUUGAAAGUGCCAUCACACCUAGUGAGAGCAGUGGCUAUGACUCCGCAGACAUUGAAAGCCUAGUGGAUCGUGAGAAAGAGCUGGCUACCAAGUGCCUGCAGCUUCUCACCCAUACUUUUAAUCGAGAAUUCAACCAAGUUCAUGGCAGCAUCAGUGACUGUAAGUUGUCUGAUAUCUCUCCAAUUGGGCGGGAUCCCUCUGUGUCCAGUUUCAGCAGCGCUACCCUCACUCCCUCCUCCACCUGCCCCUCUCUGGUAGACUCUAGGAGCAACUCUGCGGAUCAAAAGACCCCAGAAGCCAUUUCCCGAGCAUCUAGUCCCUGCCCAGAAUUUGAACAGUUUCAGAUUGUUCCAGCUGUGGAAACACCCUAUUUGGCCAGAGCAGGAAAAAAUGAAUUUCUCAAUCUCGUUCCAGAUAUUGAAGAAAUUAGACCAGGCUCAGUUGUCUCUAAGAAAGGAUAUCUGCAUUUCAAGGAGCCACUUUCCAGCAACUGGGCUAAACAUUUUGUUGUGGUCCGCCGCCCUUACGUCUUCAUCUAUAACAGUGACAAGGACCCUGUGGAGCGUGGCAUCAUUAACCUGUCCACAGCACAGGUGGAAUACAGCGAGGACCAGCAGGCCAUGGUGAAGACACCUAACACGUUUGCUGUAUGCACAAAGCAUCGUGGGGUCCUUCUGCAGGCUCUCAAUGACAAAGACAUGAAUGACUGGUUAUAUGCCUUUAACCCACUCCUUGCUGGCACGAUACGGUCUAAACUCUCCCGCAGAUGCACAAGCCAGCCUAAAUACUAAGCUGCACUCGCCUUCGAGAGAUAAAGGAAGUGUUACCUCUCAUUCUCUUUGUGAUUCUUGACGGUUGCUCCUGUAUGUGACCCUGUGCUUAACUACUUUUCCCUCCUUGUCCAGCACUUUUUCUAGUUCUCCUGUUGCCCAUCUUCAUGGCUCUGUACUCUUUCCUUUUUUCUUGUGCUAAGAAUCUUGUUAGUAGCAUGUGGCCUAAUGAAAGGAAAAAAGAUUAACAGCAGUGCGCACCCACAUACACACACACCUGAGGGGAUCCAGUGAGUCUCCACGUUAUUUUUUUUUGGUGUACUUUGGCUGCCUUUUGUAUGAUAGGGCCCAUCAUGACCACCAGUGAGGUCUCGCUGUUGUCUUUGGAUAAUACCUCUGACUGUUUUUCAAGGUUCCUUUUUUUUUCUUUCUUUUUUUCUGUGAUAGCAUUAAUAUUUUCUUGGGUGGCUUAGAGACUAAGGGAGGAAAAAUCUGGCCUUGUUAGACCCUGAGAAAAAAAAUUUAUAUUUUCCCCCUUCUGUCUCUUUUUUUCUGUGGCCAAUCCCUGUAUUUCCAUUCAGGGAAAAAGUUCUAGUGGGCUCAAGAAUGGGACAGUUAAGAUUCUGAGUCAAGCUGGGAGCAUAGUUACAGGAUUUCAUGGAAUGGGAGCUGUAAGAGGAGCCUUUUCAGUAGGCUGGGGCCAUGGUUGCUGUUGGCCUUGUGGGAAGGGACAGGCUGAGGGUGCAGGGGGCUCACAAGACACAGGACCUGCAGUGGGCCAUGAAGGCAGCAAUCAGAGGGACCCUUGUGAACUGCUUUUCCCUACUGAGAGGAAGGCUCUUGCUCAGGAGUUUCUGAGUUCUGUUAUUGGCAUUAAGGAUGACAGUGGACACAUUAUCAAUUAGAGCAGCGUCAUGCACACAUUUCCCACAAGGGGGAGUGAUAAACUUGAUGCGGAGUAGGGACUUGAUAUUGUAGCUCCUUUUGAUCAAAGUGCAGCUUUCAGGAUAAAUGUGGAAAUCUGCCUGUGCAUCCAGUAGCUCAUCACCCUGUACUCAUAAAUGAGCAAACAUGGCAGUCUUGACUUUCUGGAUCCCAAGAUUAAGACCAACUCCCACCCCAAACAAAACAAGACAGACCUGGGGACAAAGAAUAGGGUGGAGUGAGCCCUUCCCCACAGUUUGCUGCUGUACCCUGCCCUGUCUCUCCUCCUUUGUUACUAUCUCCUCCAUGUAGUGUAGAAAUACCACCUAAGGAGAAAGGAGGGUGCUCACUGCCAACAGACAGACCAGAUCCUUCCAUUUCCAAAGACCAGCAUAGAAGAUAACGCUGCUCCUGUCAACUGCCAGUGGGUUCUGUAGGAAUGACUGGGGUUAAAGAAAGGCCCCAUGUCCUUGAGGUGCUUUGCCAGUGACUCGGGGUUGCUCCCUGCCACCCUUCACUCCCCUGCUCACCUCUACUUCACCACUGCUCAGGCUUCCAGGCACAGGCCUGCGCUCUCCAUCUGACAGGAGUGAGGGCUCUUGGGCACUCUCAGGUAGUGGGGGGCUGAAUUACUUUCCAGUGGGUCAAGAGCUCUCACAUCCAGUCACUAGGGAGGCUUGUCAUCCAGGCUUCACUUCUGAACUCUGUCUAGUCUGGGUUGGGCUCGUCUCUGAGGAGCCAGUCUCCGUGCCUCACUUAUGAUUGCCUUGGAAAGAGGAGGAAAAUGAAUCACGGAGAGCUUAAUAAAAGAAGCAGAGAAGUCAGACUUAUCUGAGAGGUGAUCAACAAAAUUUGUGGAUUUUUAAACAUGGGUCACUAACUUUAAUAUUGUUGCCUAAGCGGUGUGUGAGGUUUUAAUGUAGUUAGAAGUCUUCAUGGUCUGCUGGACACACACGCCGUCCAGCAGGAUCUGUCUGCUGAGAGACAGCUUCAUGGAUAGCAGCUGAAGAUAAUUUCAGGGAAAUGAAGAUGAAAUUUGAAGGUCACUUCAAAUUAAAUCAGCAAUGUUGCUGUUGAAUUGGACAGAAGGAGCGUGUCUGUGGCAGGGGGAGGUAGGAAGAGUGAAAUUGGGAUACACUGAAACAACUGAUUUUUUUUUUUUUUUUUUUGGUCUAACUCAAAACUGGCUUGGAAAGUCUUUGCUUUGGAGGGUCAGACAUUAGAAUGAGCCAAAUUGGACUGUAUUCACCACACACCCAAAUACAAAGGCCUCAUUGGAAAAUCAGAGGUAGGAGAGUGGUCAUGUCCUGCAAGAGGUCUUGGUCAGGCAUGCUUUCCCCCAUCCCAGGAGCCUCUGCCAUGGCUGAUGGGUACACACAGCCUUGGGUUCCACUCCUUUUCUUGGGGCCUAUAUUCAGAUCAGUUGAACAGUUCCAAGAUGCAUGUUUCCCAUUCCAAACAGGGCUGUCUCUGCUUAGAAGCUUGGGGAGAGGGUUUAGAGUAGACUGUUUAUGGAGCUCCAGCUGUAGCUGUGGUGGCAGGAAACUUGAAGAGAUCUGACCCAUCAGGUGGCUUAUUUAUUUUUUCUUACUUAGAGCAUUCAUUCAAAUAAACAAAAAGGCAAGAAAGAAAACUCAGCCACAGAAAAACGUAUGAUAGUUAAAACUUCUCUCCCUUCCCCAUCCUCCUUUCUCCUACCAAAGUGAAAGAUGGCCUCACAACCAGCCCCAAACCAGUGCUCAGACUGUCCCUGUUUCUGUGUGCCAGCUGGGAGUCAGUCAGCUCUCAGGCCAGGACUGUGGGGGGCCAGCCAGCCCCUGCACACAGUCAGGAGCGCAGGCCAGGCUGCUGCUGGUGGCUGGGUGGGCACCUGGACCCCAACACAUGGUUAAAAAGGAGAAAUUGUUGAUGUGAGGAAGGAAGUUUUCCCAGCUAAGAAACCACUAUUAUUUUACUUGCUCCACCCCAGCUACAUAGAAUUUAGACAGCUACUCACAUUAGAGAUGGAUGGAUUUUUCAGCUUUUUAGUUGAAGGAGUAAAUUAGAUCAUUUUGAAAGGUCUUUGGGGAUCUAAAAUUGAGGUGACUUCUCCUGGCACAAAUCCCAAAGCAAAGACUUUAUUGCCUGCUGCUUCUUAUCUAAUUUACAGGGAUAUUUAAUUUUGUAAGGUAUUUGUAUAUUUAUACAGCUAUAAUGAAUUGCACAUUGGACUGGAAGAGAAGGAUUCUCUUGGGUACAGCACCUGUGGGAACUCUUCCUGUGUCUCCUGCUCUGGUGCUGGGCUCUGCUCGGGAUCUCCUGGACAGUGUCAGGGGUUGUUUGACUUGGGUCCUGUGCAUUUCCUUUGGGUUUCCUUUUCAAAAUGUGAUUAUUAACUUGCUCUUUAAGAAGAAAAGAAUAAUUCUGCUGCUGUUCUCAAGAGAUUGCUGGAUGUGUUUGAAUAGGACUCUGCAUGUGUGCACUGCAGCCAUCCGCCACGGCCCGCAACCCAUCAGCUUUGCAGGCCAGACCGUGACCCUGUGGAGCAGCUCAGAGAUCAUUUGCUGAGAGAUUAUUUGCUGCU